UUUUCCAAUAAAAAAUUCCAAUUCGAUGAAUAACCAACCAAAUUGGUAUAUUCUUCCCCUUAACUUUUUUAACACAUUUUUUCUUUUCUUUUUUAGUUUUUCCAGAUUUUUCACUUUCCUUUUGCCCCGUUCUUUCCUUUUUUACAUUUUUUUUGCAUAGUUUAUUCUUCUAAAUUGCCAAAAUUGACAAAAUAAAGCUUUUAGUUAGUCAAACAAAAAAUUGUUUUUAAAAAGUCUUUUUUUUUUUGAAAAAAAAGAAACAAAAAAAUAUAUAUUAAAUUUAAUAAAUUUACAACAAUUUAAUUAAUUAACAGCACAAAAUGUUGACUAUACUUAGUGACAACGAAAAUUUGCUGGAACGUUUGGAAUUAAUGACUCAAAACAUGCCAAAACCUCCCAACACCAACAAAACAAUUAAUUCCCCCAUAAAGGCUCGCAGUCGUUUACUCGGCCAAAUUAAUACAAAUUUAAUAAAUAAUGAUUUUGUGUCAACACAAAUAAUGUCAGAAACAGAAGAAAAUAAAAAAGAAGGAAAAUUUGAAAUUUGUAGAAAUUGGAUGAUUUUAAUGGGGAAAAGAAGUUUUGAAGAAAGUCAGGCAGCGAUUCAGUCCUUUUCUGAUUUGUUUAGAUUUUCGUUGGCUAUGGUUGGUGAGCUGAGAUUUAUGGAAUUAAAUCAGAAUUAUUCUUUUAUAAAAUCAGAAUUUAAUUAA